AAUCAGAGAGAUUCGCAAACCAAGAGAGAGACAGAGAGGGAGAGAGGGAGAUGACAAAAAAUAAAAUAAAAAUAAAAAUCAAAGGAUAUUUUAGUAGCUCACCCACAGCCACAAUGAUGACCUCUCAUGGAAAGCGAGCAGUGCUCUAAAAAACAACUUGGAGAACAAGAAGAAGAAGACGAAGAAGAAGAGAUAGCCGUGUGAUGGUGUUGUUGCCCAAAUUGCCCUUCACCACGAGGAACAAGAACGAGGUCUCAACGGUAAUUUCGCGCUGCCUCCUCUCGUUGAUGCUAUUACUUUCCGCCGGUGAUGGUAACGGACGGAUCGUGGUCGUUGAAGGUAGCAGCGUCGGCGGAGGCGGCGGUGGAGGGUUCGGGUUCGGGUUCUGGGCUUCGGCGGCGGCUUCCAAUGUCGGGCUAGCCAUCGCCGUGACGGCGAUGGCCGGUCUGGCCUUGGCCGCCACUGUCGUCUACUCUCGUAGGGUUAAUCUUAAAUCUCCUUGGUCACGUAGGAGAAGAAAACAUGUUCUUCUGCCCAAACAAUGGAAGAGUUUCUUUACACCAGAUGGAAAGCUUAUCGAUGGUGGUGUCAAGUUUUUGAAGAAAGUUCGCAGUGGGGGUGUUGAUCCAAGUCUUAGAACGGAGGUUUGGCCAUUCCUUCUUGGAGUCUAUGACAUGAACAGUUCUCAGGAAGAAAGGGACUCGGUCAAAAUUAAAAAAAGAAACGAAUACGAUAACCUGCAGAAGCAGUGCCAGCAAAUUUUAAAAUGCAAUGAGAAGAGCUUAAAGUUGAAGGAAGCUUCUGGGAACAGCAGCAACGAGAGCAGUGGAGAUUUUAGUCAGGUUCUAGAUUCUCCUUGCUUAGAAGAUGCAGUCAUUGGCAGUAGGUCCCUUUUGACUGAGGAAGGAAGCCCAUUGGCUGAGGAUCCAGACCACCUUGUCGGUCUAGCCCUCCAAUCCUCUGAUUCAUUUUUGGAAGUAGAUGGUGAUAAGAGUGGACUGACCUGUGAGGAUGCCUCUGCUGGUGAUACAGAGUCAACUGAUUCCGACUCUUCAGAAGAAUCUGAAGACACGCAACCUUUACUUGCCACCAAAAGAACUGAAGAAAAUGAUGUUGAUGAGCCUGCCAAGGAGAAUUUAUCUCCUUUCAAUAUAGAAGCCAUGUCUCCUCCGGACACCGAAAGCAAGUCCAAAUCUCACAGUGUUGAAGAUUUUGCCAAUUGGCAAAGAAUAAUCCGUCUUGAUGCUCUGCGGGCAAAUGAUGAGUGGAUUAUCUACUCGCCAUCUCAGGCUGCUGUCUCAGAGACUAAAGCUCCCCAGUUAGCAGAGAGUGUUGGGUUGAAGGACUAUGAUCACUUGGAGCCAUGCAGGGUUUUCCAUGCUGCUCGCCUGGUUGCAAUCCUGGAAGCCUAUGCACUUUAUGAUCCUGAGAUUGGUUAUUGCCAGGGUAUGAGUGAUCUACUUGCUCCAAUAAUCACAGUGUUUGAGGAGGACCAUGAAGCCUUCUGGUGCUUCGUGGGUUUUAUGAAAAAAGCUCGGCAUAAUUUCCGGCUGGAUGAGGUGGGAAUCCGGAGGCAGCUGAAAAUUGUUUCAAAGAUUAUCAAGCGCAAGGACAGUCAUCUCUACAGGCACCUGGAGAAGCUUCAAGCUGAGGAUUGCUUUUUUGUGUACAGAAUGGUGGUGGUUCUCUUCAGGAGGGAAUUAAGCUUUGAGCAGACGCUAUGCCUGUGGGAGGUAAUAUGGGCUGAUCAGGCUGCUAUUAGAGCAGGGAUUGCCAAAUCCACUUGGGGGAGAAUAAGGCUGAGAGCCCCUCCUAGCGACGAUUUGUUGCUUUAUGCAAUAGCAGCCUGUGUACUGCAAAGGAGGAAGCUCAUCAUAGAGAAGUACAGUUGCAUGGACGAAAUCAUGAGGGAGUGCAAUAGCAUGGCCGGCCGUCUGGAUGUUUGGAAGCUUCUUGAUGAUGCUCAUGAUUUGGUGGUCACCCUCCAUGACAAGAUUUAGGAAAACCCAUCUCCAAAGCUCACACCUUCUUUUCGUCAUUCUUCCCCAGACUCCCUUUCUCUUAUAACUUCUAAUCUGUUGUUGCACCUGUUGAGAAUCCCUAUAAAACCAAGGGAUCUUCAUGUUGCUUACCACUGCAUGACACUGGCCUCUGAUGGCCAAUUUCUGUCAUGAGUGAAUUAUGAGAUUCACAAUGUAUUGAGCCCGCACUCGUUUGAGUGAUGGUGGCAACACUUCUGAAUUAGUUAAUUAGAAUUGUUUUUGCCCCAAGUUUCUUAAUCUUGUGGCUAUGGUA